CUCUUCAAUACAAGCAUCGAUACACAGCCAAUUGCAGGCUAUUCCAUCUCGACAACUUCUCAACCUACUUUUUCAACUCACUUACACGCCUCAACACUCACAAUGGCCGCCCUCGCCAAGCCCGCUGCUGCCCCCAAGGUUCUCCCCAUCAUCAUGGCCGUCGGAAGCUUCGCCGUCGUCGCCGGCUUCGUCCGUUCCCAGCUCGCCAUCACAUCAGCCAAGUUCGACCGAUCCUUUGACAAAUACAACACCCCCGAGAGCGAGGCUUCGCGGGCAAAGACAUUUGAGGGAGCCGUCGAGAACCCCCGAACAAGCCUGUUCAACGCACUCGGCCGACGACAGUAG